AUGGCCACCGCUGUGAGGACCGCCUUGAAAGUCAUGCGACCCGAGAUAGCAACAUGCUUGCCUUUCCAAGGCACCAAAUUGCAGCAGCCUUGUCCUCUAGGAGCUCGGCUUUGCAGUGCUAGUUUUUGUACCUCACAAGCGCACGGCACCUCCAUAGCCAAGGAAUUCUCCGCCCGCAUGGUCCUCUCGGCCGUCCUGCUCGCGGCAGGCAUCACGCUGAUGCUCGUCGUGCACAUCCUCGUGGUCCUCUGGGUGCUGAGGCGGGGCAUGACGGCCCGCGUCGCCGAGCACGCGGAGGAAGACGCGGGCCUUACCGCCGAAGAGCUCGGCGUGCUGCCAUGCCACGACUUCAAAGAAGGCGGCGCCGGCGAGUGCGCGGUGUGCCUGGAGGCGUUCAUGGCCGGCGACCGUUGCAUGGUGCUGCCCCGGUGCGAGCACGGGUUCCACGCCGAGUGCGUCGGCUCGUGGCUGCGCAAGAGCCGCCUGUGCCCCAUCUGCCGGGCCGAGGUGGCCGGCGCGGUGGCCGCCGAGGUCGUCGUGGAGGUCGCUGCUGCCUGAUGCCCGUCGUUGGGUAGUUGGAUGCAGUGUUUGCAGGUGUUUGGUAGGUUCUCUUCUGUACUGUGUACAGCGUUUCUGCAUUUGUUAUGUAUAUAGCCAUCUUGUUGAUUUAGAUG